CUGCCUGGCGGCGAGGCGCGGGGCACGCUGGGACAUCUCGCUGGCAGGAGGCAGUGCUCUGGCUACGGUGCCGGGGAGCGGGAGGCGGCAGGAUGGUCAAGCUGACGGCGGAGCUGAUCGAGCAGGCGGCACAGUACACCAACGCCGUGCGGGACCGGGAGCUGGACCUCCGGGGGUAUAAAAUUCCUGUCAUUGAAAAUCUAGGUGCUACCUUAGACCAGUUUGAUGCUAUUGACUUUUCUGACAAUGAGAUCAGGAAACUGGAUGGUUUUCCCUUGUUGAGAAGACUGAAAACAUUAUUAGUGAACAACAAUAGAAUAUGCCGUAUAGGUGAGGGACUGGAUCAGGCUCUGCCCUGUCUGACAGAACUCAUUCUCACCAACAAUAGUCUUGUGGAACUGGGUGACCUGGACCCUUUAGCAUCUCUCAAAUCACUGACUUACCUAAGUAUUCUAAGAAAUCCUGUAACAAAUAAGAAGCAUUACAGACUAUAUGUGAUUUAUAAAGUUCCUCAAGUUAGAGUACUGGAUUUCCAGAAAGUGAAACUAAAAGAGCGUCAGGAAGCAGAGAAAAUGUUCAAGGGCAAACGGGGUGCACAGCUUGCAAAGGAUAUUGCCAGGAGAAGCAAAACUUUUAAUCCAGGUGCUGGUUUGCCAACUGACAAAAAGAAAGGUGGGCCAUCUCCAGGGGAUGUAGAAGCAAUCAAGAAUGCCAUAGCAAAUGCGUCAACUCUGGCUGAAGUGGAGAGGCUGAAGGGGUUGCUGCAGUCUGGUCAGAUCCCUGGCAGAGAACGGAGAUCAGGGCCCACCGAUGAUGGUGAAGAAGAGAUGGAAGAAGACACAGUCACCAAUGGGUCCUAAGCAGUGUGGUGGAUAUAUAAUAGGCCCUUCUUGGGACACCUCUUCUUUUUGGAGCAUGGGAUAAUAGUCUUAUUUGUGUCAGCAAAGUGAAAUUUGUCAGCAUUGUUGAAAUGCUUAAAACUGCUGCUGAUAAUUUUGUAAUAUAAGUUUUGAAAUUAAAUGUCAGUUUUCUACAAAUAUUAAAAUUUAAGGCCACUCUCUGGGCU